UGGUGAAACUUUAUUCUGAGCAAAGUGUGACCAUUGAUUUCUCCUCCAGCGAUAAAGUUAUCCUCGAAUGUGGAAUCUAAUCUCUUUUCACUUUAUUUUUCAGAUAUAACUCUUUCGAGAGAGCCAACCAAUUUGAGGAUAUAUAAAAAGGUUUCGCAUCGAUUUGAUUUAAAUAUCCUAAAAUGCCGGAACAAGCUGCUGAUGAUAGUACCAAGCAAGCUGAAAAGCCAACUGCGGACGUAAAGACUGAAAAGGAAGCAGAAGUUGAGGUGAAAGAAGAAAAAGUUGAAGCAGCUGAAGAAAAGAAGACCGCGACUGUGGAAACUUCAAAGGAGGAAACAACUGAGGAUCCCGUCAAGACAGAGAAAAAGAGUGCCGAAGAUCCACAGAGUAAAGAAACUCUUGUGAUUACUGAGGAGGAUCUGGACAACCUGCAACUUGACGACAAUGACGACAACAAAAUCACAGUCACCAAAGAAGAAAUCGAACCCAAAAAGAAACCCGCCCAGCCUGAUCGUUCUGCAAACAUCUGGGUCUCUAAUAUUUCUAGAAUCACACGUGCCAACGAUUUGAAACAGUUGUUUAAAAAGGCGGGAAACGUCAUCAAAGUUAGAAUCGUCACCAACGGCCAAUGCUACUAUGGCUUAGUUAUGAUGGAGAAUGCAGAACUCGCCAUGGAGUGUGUUCAAAAGUUCAACAAUACGAUGUUUAAAGGAAAAAAGAUCGUCGUUAGCAAAACACGUCCCGACUUGCUAACGCCCAAAGAAUUCCGUAAGAAACAGAUGGAAGCAACUGUAGCCAAAAAGAAAGAAGAAGCCAAGCCUAAAACUGAAGAGAAACCCAAUGCGACCGAAGCUACUGAAGAUGCUCCACCACCAAAGAAAAAUGAAGAUGAUGAACAAGCUAGGAAACUGAAAAGUUUAAAACAAAAAUAUGAAACGGCUGUUACCGAUAUAAGCAAGUUAAAGAGAGAUCUCAGGUCGUCUGAAAGCAGGUGCAAUGGAAUGAGAGCCAGAUGCAAAGAUCUUGAACGGCAAGUAGAGCGUCUGCGCAACGAAAACAGGACUGAGCGCCGACGACUGGCCCAAGAAAAAGAGGAGUUCGAAAAGUCCAAAAAACUCCACGAAAUCCGCAUGUCAGCAGACAAAGCUGUAGUGGAUAAAGAAUUAUCUGAAGUGAGAAGAUUGCGUCAGCAUCUGAAUGAAAAAAUUGAUGAAUUCAGACUAACAUCUAAAAAGUCGUCAGUGGGCAAACGGUCCAGAUCCCCGCCCUCAAGACGCAUGGAAGAUCCCAAGAGAUACAGACCGGACAGGGACGAGAAGAUGAGGUCAUCGAGAGACGACUACCAGAGAGGUCGCACGCCGCCACCCCCUCCAAAACUCAGCGACCGCAAAUCCAACGGGAGAUACCACGAUUACGACGACAUCAAGACCAGAUCCAGCGAUAGGCCUUUCGACUCCUUCAGGGACAAGCAGCCGUACCCUUCAGGGCCCAGCAUGGCCCCUAGGGGCGUAUGGCCAAUGUCGUCGAUGCAGCAUCAGAAGGACGCUCCUAGAAGACCCAUGGGAGGCCCAGGAGGUGCCCCCGGCACUGUUGGGUACCCACCCAUGGAUACAGGGAGAUACGGCGCUUACUUGCCCAUUCCAGGAGUGGGCAACCCAGGAGGACCGCCCAGAGGGAACUUUGGAGGAAGCCAGGAUUAUGGGAAGCCAUAUGGGGGACACUAUUAGAUGAUGAUAUCAAUUUAACUAGUAAACUUACCUUAUCUAUAUGUAUAUGUUUGCAACGGUGUCAUGAACAGUCGCAAUUCUGGUUUGAAGUCGCUCAGAGUCUGUUUACUCAGACCGUUCAAAAAUUUUCCGAUCUCUGUCUCAAAAUAUUGCUCGAACAAAAUAAUGGCCCAGACAAAAGUUAUGUGGUAUGGAGGGAACGAUAUAAUGGUAUCACAACAUGACCUCCAAGGUCAUUUAGAGGUCAACUUGUACAGUUUAAACAGAACCGUAAUGUUUUGACUCCACCGAUGGAAAUUGCGAAAAAGUUUGCGUUCGGAAUUGAACUCAAAAGAAAUUAGAUUGAACAAUUUACAAUAAUUAAUCGCUGAGGGAAAAUGACCUUGCCUUUCAAGGUCAGCUUUCAAAUUUGAAGUGGACCUUAGUGGUUAUGCUUAUGAGAAUGGACGGAAAAGUUUGUGACCUCAUCCUUGGAAUUAGUUAAUCUACAAAAUCGCUUUGAUGGUCAAGAGCAUUUCAGAACGUUAGGUUUUUCGCUUUUUCCAUCGGUGAUAUCGAAAAGAUACGGUUCCAUAUUUUUCAUGUUGAUUUUUAAAAGACCUUGAAGGUCAUUAUGAGGUCUCCAGUAUACCCUAAAAACGCUGCCACUUCUGCCUUGACCAAUCUUUUGUUUGAGUAGUUAGAGGAGGUCGGAAACUUUUUGAACUUCCAGUAUUAGAGUUCUUGGUUGGUUUCUUAGACUUUUUUGUAAGGACAUUAUUGAGGUCUGACCUUUCACUUUCUCAAUCCGGUUAUAAAUAACUUUUAUUAUUUCAAAUCCUGUUUAUCUGACAUAAUCACAAAUUAUUUGAAAGUGAAUGAGUAUUUUGAGUAUAUAACCAAACCUUCUAAAAAGUCGAUAUCACAUAGUAAGCGAUGGUCUGUAGAUAGGUUCUAUCAUAGUGUUAAGCCUUUAUAACGGAGUACGGUCUGUUAGAACUUUACAAUUGAAAUCAAGUAGUGAAUAUAUUCAAUCCCUGCUCAUGAUUUAGAAUGAUUAAUGCAAAAGGUGCAUAAUAUUAUCCAGUUAGUGAUGACAUAUAGCGCAAAAAAUUACAAUAUAUCAUUCUUCAUCUACUUUUAUCAUAUGGUGUUUUUUGACGUUAAAAUACUACACUUUGACAUAAUUAUUCUUUAGGGAUGCCUUUAUGCAACAUAUUAUUGACUUUCCUUAGCGAGCAUUUGAAGUUAUUUUUUGAAGAUGAUGUUUUUGUGUUGAUUUGUGCGGUUUCCACGUAUUCUAAAUAUAGUAUUGAAGCAGUUGGUUGGUUUUUAUUUUAGGAUAAGUCCACAGAAUGAUCAAUCCUCAUACACUUUUUCUGAUCACCGCAGUUACUGAAUCUAUAGAAAUAUGGCGAUUCUGAACGGGCAAUAUUUAUCUUUUCCGGUUUACCUUUUGCAUUACCGACCUAUUUUCGUGCUGUGAGAUCACCAAAUUAUCGGGAUCCUACUUAAUACAAUGCUUGAUUUUGUGGCCCUUCUGAUGAAAAAUUCUGACUGAUUAUGUUUCUACUCAUUCCAGAUAAUAUUUCCAAGACCGAGUCGUGAAAUAGCAGAAGUUGAAGGGUUCCGAGGGAGCAAAACGAUGGUGACCUUGACAAUGGUCUUGACUGUAACCUUCAAGAGCAUUUCAUGGUCAAGCAAAUAUUUUUAAAUGAGACUGCUUUUUUACAUCGGGGAGAGUAAAUUUUAUGACCGAGUGUGACGUUGACUAUGAGCGUCAUCAUGACCGUCAAUACUAUUUCAAGGUUAAAUCAAAACAUUGAAAAACAUUUUCGCAGUAAAAAAUGUUCGAUACCACAGUGGUGAGCUUUGUGGUGGUUACCCAAAAGGUGAUCUGGGCCAUCAUGUUCAAGGACAUGUCAAAAUUUUACACGCUUAAAUAUAAAAUUUCUUGCUCUAUGCCAGGGCUGUCAAACAUACGGCCUUUCUUGCGGCCCGCUUCACGGGUCAUGUAUACAUCACAUAUAUAAAUUACUCUCAAAUACCGAAUAUGCACAAUUCUUACAAACUCAAUAAUAAUGUUGUAUAGAAAGAUUUUAUAAUGCGGCCUUCCAAACUGCAUUUUUUUUUUGAAGUGGCCCUUGGGCCACAUUAAGUUGGACAGCGCUGCUCUAUGCAAUUUGGUAUACAGAUUGGAGGGUUACAAAUAACAUUUAAGAUUGACAUGACCUUGUCUUUGAGAUGAAGAUCACACUUUCUGCUUUUUCCAAUUCCGGAAUAAAAAUGAAGGGUUUAAAAACUUUGACUCAAACAUCAUGGUUCAUCUUUUGGUGACGCCACAAACCUUACAAGGUCAUGGUUAUGGUCAAGGUCAUAUUCGGAGCUAGAAUUUCCCCCCUUUACAAUUCUGGUACGAAGAGAAACGGAAAAUUCCAUUUGAAAAUAUUCGCUUGGCCUUGAAAUGACCUCAACGGUCGUGGACUAGGUCAUUAAUAAGCUCACCAUCAUUUUGCCUCCGCCUCCGCCUAGUUUUCGAGAUAUUUAGGUGGGGGAGUUUAAACUGGACAUCCUGUAUGGUCGAGCCAUAAAUAUUGCUCGUUUAGAUGCUCCAUGAGAGUAAGAUUUAAUACGGAAAAAUCCGUCUGCACAACUUUUAAAAGAAUUCAUCAAAUUGUGCAAAUAUCAAUUUUAGAAAGGCUAUGCUAAUGAGGAAUGUUAAACCGUUAACAGUAUUCUGAAAAUUGGGAGAAAUAUUUUACCCCCCGCUCUUAACAAGAGAUUAUUUUAAUUUUUUAACAAUAUGCUCAAGCCUAGAUAGCACCAGAUACUUUUUUUUUAGGAGUUUCUGAUCAGGCUGGUAGAACAAGGUUUCUAAGCUAUGGAUUACGAAACAAUAAAAUUUUGGUAGGUAUCUAACUGAUACAAUCUGCUUUAGGUGAAAUGUGGGUGAAAACAGUAUAAUGACAAAAUGGUAGCACACCCUAACCAGGCAAUGAAUAGUAGAGGAAGCCAAUGAGUAAUAGAUGAACCAAAUUACCUAUUGAGAAGGCCGCAAGCUACUGCACCAAAAAGAGAACUAUGCAUUUAAAACAUCUUCCACUUUAAUGUUGUGAUUAAUUCGGCAUGUACGUGUUACUGCGUAAAUUAAAUAUUGUAUAGUAUUAA